UUUCGAUGCAAUAAAACAUUUAUUUUGAAAGUCUCAGCCGAAUGCCAUGCGUUAAUUCCAGUUGUAGUGACGGCGCCAUGAUGCAGGGAUAGUUUUUAUUGUCCAUCAUCAUUCAGCUGUUUUGUAAAGCACAGGCCUGUCUAUGUUUUGCUGUUGAAAGACAGGCUAAACUGGAACAGUUAAAACACCGUUUAUACUUCCGUUUCAGCGUUAGCCCACCUACGCUUCCGACAUAAAGAUGUCCCGGGUUCUGAUAGUCGGAGCGGGCCUGACAGGCAGUCUGUGCGCAUGCCUGCUGAGGAGAGAAAUGCAGAAUAAAGUUCACAUCGUGGUGUGGGACAAGGCAAGAGGCGCAGGUGGCAGGAUGUCCACCAAUCGUCCUCCUGCCCCUUCGUCUCACUCAGCUGAUCUUGGAGCUCAGUACAUCACAGCCACACCAGAAUAUGCUAAGUCACACCACAGUUUCUACUCUGAGCUGCUGUCUUCAGGCAUCCUGCAGCCUCUCAACUCUCUGGUUGAAGGACUGAGGCAGAGAGACGGCAGCAAGGACUACAUGACUCCACUGGGAAUGUGCAGUGUGGUCAAACACUUCCUGUCUCAGUCAGGAGCUGAUUUAUUCUUCGAGCAUCGUGUGACGGGCCUGUACCGCCGUGGUACAUCAUGGGAGGUCCAGUGGAACGGGGGAAGUAGUGAGAUGUUUGACGCUGUUGUCCUGACGAUGCCGGUCCCUCAGAUCCUGCAGCUACAGGGAGACGUGGGACACAUGCUGUCUGUCCAGCAGAAGCAGCAGUUGGAUGGGGUCGUGUACUCGUCUCGUUUUGCUGUUGCUCUUUUCUUCCAUCCUGAUGUGGUUUUCAGUUUUCCCUGGGCGGCUCGUUAUGUCACUGACAACCCCUCCAUCUGUUACAUCGCCGCUGACUCCCGCAAACGCAACGCAGAUGUUCCCGGUCGAGGUCCAUCCCUUGUUGUCCACACCAGUGUCCCAUUUGGCCUGGAGCACCUGGAGAAAAAUAAGGAGGAUGUCCAGCCAAUUAUCUUACAAGAACUCCACAAGCUGCUUCCUGAUCUGCCUCAGCCAGUUAGUAUUAAGUGUCAGAAGUGGAGGUACUCCCAGGUGUUAAUGUCAGUACCAGACUGUCCGGGUCAGAUGACCAUCCUCGACCGCCCGCUGCUUGUCUGUGGCGGUGACGCCUUCAGCCACUCCAACUUUGACGGCUGUGUGGAGUCUGCACUAACCUUGGUCAGUGUGCUUAAGGCCUCGCUGUGAGGCCGCUGACGUGACAGGAAGUACUUCAACCACAAGGAUCUGACAUUUACACGAGUCAUCAGUUAACUAGAACAGUUGAUACAUUAACAAUUUAUGAAGUGAUUACAGUUACAUCAGUGGUGCUCCGACCAGGAUUUUUCUGGCCAAUCAACGAUUGUUAAAAGUAUGGGCCAAUCACAGUUGUUUCAUUGUUUGUCCUGAAAUUUUUGUUUCCUGAAGCUAUGAUUCCACCACUCUGUCACUGCUGGUAUCUGUCUGUAACUCCAAACUCAAAUUACUUUUACCUCAGCUGAAGCACCUCAGUCCAUAUAUUUACUGUAAACUUGUCAUGUUGUCACAUUAAACUGCAGUUCACCGUUUAACGCUCGGUGUUCCUCUGAACAGUGACUCUCAGUCCUGCUGUGUGUUUAGCUGUUCGCUUCGUUAGCCGAAAACACUGCAGAUCACACUGGUACUCUACUGAUCAUAAGUAGCUAAUGGCUAACUAGCACGUCUCCAGCCAGUAUCAAUACAGAUUUGUCAUCUUGAUUUAACUAUCACAACAUAAUAGUGAGGUCCUGCCAGCAGUUGUUUGAGACAUAUGGACGGUAUCACUGGAACGUUGCACAAUUUUCAGAUUCUUUGUGCUGAGCAGUAACUACAGUAACAGCCUGAGAAGACACUCCGAUGUGGUCAGUGCUCAGUUCAGAUUGACAAUUCUUAGUUCUCUCAGUUUCUGUUUUCUGGGAAGACAGGAUACCAUUCAAGCCUGGUAGUCUGCUAUGACAUUUUAGUGACACAUAGAAAAACUGUCUCCCAACUUUCUUUAUUGUUUUUCUGUUGUUAUUAUUACUUUAUGCUGCCUUUUUAAAAAUAUUCUAUUACAAAAGAAUUUCACCUCGGGGAUACGGAUUCUGAAAUGAUUUAUAGCAAAUAUUGGCCAAUGGUGCCAAUCAAUUGCAGCACCAUUAUUUAACAUAUAAAUGCUUUAGUUCACUUGUACUUAAGUGUUCUGUGUUUAAAUGAAUAAAUAAUUACAAUUCUAAAUAGA